AUGAGCCAUCCAACUUCAAAGAAAUUACCAUCAACUACGAUUCACUAUCUACAGGAAGAGCAUACUAAAACACUAAAAAGUCUACAUGAAGAAAUUGAAAAACUACAGAAGAAAUGUUCGGAUCUAACGCUAGAAUUAGCCCUGAAAACGAAUACCGAGAAUGAAAAUAAUUUGAAUGUAGCAAAGUUAUGCGAAUCUAGAAACCGGAGUAGCGGUACAUACAGAAUUAGAAAUCAACUGAAAGAUUUAGGAGGAGAAAAUGAUCAAUUGAGAUCACAAAAUAAUCAAUUAUCACAAGAUAUUGCCAAUAGGGACUGUAUGAUUGAAGAGUUCAAAAAUCGACUUCACCAGGUCGAAGAGACUCAUCAAGAAGCUAUUAAAAUGAAAGACGAUAAACUUAUGCAACAAUGCAAAGAGUUAGACCUACGUAAAAAAUUAAUUGCUCAACUAAAUACUCAAUUGAUCCAAGUAUCAAACCAAGUCGUAAACUAUCAGCCGGCUAAUCGACCGAUAAUUUCACCAUCUCCUCCGGCUAGUGGUGCUCCAAGAUCUAGUAGUGGUAGGAUGAGGACGAUUAGAAAGACAACUUCAUCUCCACAAUUUGUCAUGAUUGACCAUCAUGGCAAUAGCCGUGGAGAUAUAACUGCUAAUGGUAUCCAGAGAACGCCUAAUUCCUCAUCAGAUCAUAAAAGUGGUCCUUAUAAUUCAGGUGGUUUACGAAAGACGAACCCAAAAAAUUCUAGUAGACGAUUAUCAGGUGAUUAUCACGAUCAGAACUUUAUUAUCUACGAUGAUCACUCUGGAGAUGUUCGGGUGAAUAAAACAACUGUUUUACCACCCAUUUCAAAUGAUACAAAUUGCUCAGGACGGCAAAGCAGUCCGAGUAAAAGAAGUUCCAUUGGUUCUGGUAGUGUUAAUAAUAAUCAUAAAAAGACAUCAAUUCAAAAUAAUGACAUAGGCACGGUUAUCGUUAAUCCUUUAGCUGUAAAUAAUGCAACGUGGGAUAAAACUAUUCAAUCUCCAACUAAUUCAAAAUCCUAG